CGGCGAUUCACGUGCGAUUAUGCACCGCCGACUUCAGCUCCGAAUCCUUCUGCGUUCCGCAUACCAGCUUCACCGAGAGUCCGCGCGAUGUCAUCAACGAGCGCAAGGAGGGCCGAAACCCAUCUUGUUCUCACAUGCAGCGUAGGCUCUUGCGGCAUGGUGUCUUGCAGCUCUAGUGUUCUGUCACGGACGUGCGUAUGGGAUAUGAAAAUUAUGAUGUCAGGCUCCGGGUUUCUGUCCGUCGGCUAUGGAAGGAAGCACGAGUUUGAUAGGGAUCAGCAACCAACAUCCGUGAAAGGCAUUUUGUAUGUCCGAUGGUGCGCGCAUCCUGCCCUUCCCUGCGACUCGAGGACAUUCCAGACCGCCGAAGACUCUGGACCCGCGGAGGAAGCAAGAACUUGUUGAGUAUUCGCUGCUGUAGAUACCUGGACUCGUAGCGGGCCCUAUUCCGUUGCCAUCC